UCGUCAUCGUCAUCGUGAUCGUGAUCGCUUCCCCUUUGCGUAUAAAUAUGCGUCGCAUGCGCUGCUGUUGGUCACACAACGAGACGAGUUCGACGGCUGCACGUUUCCCAGCUCGAUCAGCGAGCAUAAUUUAAACCGGACUGCCUAGUGAGCGCUUGAGAGGAUUAUGAUGUGCCGUGCGCUGUUGAUGCUGCUGCUGGCGCUGGUCGGCGCCAGCCAUGCGGCGACACAUGUCAACAUUUCCAUAGCCCAACAGCCGGCCACAAAUCCGGCGGAUGUUAGCUUCAUUGAUGGACGUGCGCCAGCGGAACUGAAGGCGGGUCCCUAUCGCCCGGAGGAGGAGCAGCAGGAGCAACGUUUUCAGCGGCUGCAGGAGCGACCGCAGCAGCAGCAGCAGCAACAGAUGCAGCAAUCCCAGCAGCAACAGAUGCAACAAUCCCAGCAGCAACAGAUGCAAUCACAGCAGCAACAGAUGCAACAAUCGCAGCUGACGCCGCGACAGGGAUUGGGCCUGCAGCCGGCACAGGCUCCUGCUCCUGCCAAUCCGAAUGGCCGCAUGCCACGUCGUCGCAUGCACGGACGUCGCCCCUCGAUGCAUCAGCAGCCGCCGCACAGCGGCCAGUUCCGCCAGCGCAACCAGCAGUUGCGCCAGAAUCAGGAGUUCGAGCGUUACAUUCAAUCGUAUCACAGCCAUGGACCCUCCGUGGAGACCGUCUAUGAAUCCUCCAGUCCCUCGCCCCAGCGCUACUCGCAGUCCAGCAGCAGCAGUGGCAGCAGCGCCAGUUCCUUUGCAGCCGACGACGACGCGGUGUCCAUUGGCGGCGCCAAGUCGCAGCAGCUGCGCAUGUUUGAGCGCCAGGUAGCCGCUCCAGUUGCGUCACAAGGCCAGAGCGCCAAUGUGGAGCAGGCACAGGACAGCAAACCCAUCUACGAGCCGGCACAGCCGGCGCCCGUACAAGCUGCAGCCAUUGCGCCCGCAGCCAGCGCCAGCUCCAGCUCCAGCCCUAGCUCGGCUCCUGCACCGGCGCCCGCAUCAAUGCCCAACGACGGCAAGCAGGGUGGCAACAGCUUUGAGUCCUCCUACGAGCCCGCCUACGAUGCCGGCAACAGCUACAAUCGACCCAGCUACGAUCAGAGCGGCUACGGCUAUGAGGAUGUACAGGAUGACUACCAGGAUCAGUAUCCGCCAGCUGUGGACGAGAGCGCCAGCUACGAUGACUACGCUGAGCAGUCGGGCGGCUCGGGCUAUUUGCCGCCGCAACGGGGCUAUGUGGCACCGCCACGCCCACUCGUCACAAAGACCAUACAGAUUGUGCAGCCGGCGCUGAAGGCCAAGAAAUACGAGGUGCGUCAUCCGGCCAUACAGAAGGAGUUCUACGAUAUCGAAGAGCGCGUCGUUAUCAAGCCGGCGGGCACACUGGUCGUGGAGCUGGAUCAUCCGGUGGCCAAGAUACCCAAGGGUGAGACACUGCUGUCACUGGGUCAUCCCCAUCCCGCCGUCGCUUCCGCCUACAACAACAACAAUGGCCAGGUGCAGGCGCACAGCUACAACAAUGGCAACGAGUACAGGCCAGCCUAUGAGCAGUCGCCAGCGCCGGCCAAGGAGCAGGCUCAGGUGACCACCAUUGGCUCCAGCGUGACCACCAUGCCCGCCUACGACCAGGCGCCCAAGGAUGAGUAUGUGGAGGCGCAGCUGCAGCAGCAGCAGCCACAAGGCAGCGAUGCCACCGAUGGCAAGCGCCAGCCAAGUUCCAGUUCCAGCUCCAAUCCCAGCUCUAGCUCCAGCUCCAGUGUGAUUGCCACCGAUGGCAACGGCAAUCAAUUCCAGAUCAACAAGAAGCAUCUGACCCCCAAGAUGCUCACACGCCUGGAGCCCGAGCAGCCGGAUUACGACUACGGCCGCAGCGAGGCCAGCUAUCCGCCGCAGCGUAGCUAUCAGCGCACCAAUAGCUACAAUCGCCAGCCGUAUCAGAGUGCCGGCAAUGAGGAUUACUUCAGCGGCGAGUUUCUGCCCAAUGCCAAUGCUGGCAAUGUCGAGAUAAAGCCAGCGCGUCUCGAGGAGGCGCCACGCCCGCAGAUAAUCAAGCACGAGCACAAGAUUCAUUUGCCGCCAUCGCAGCAUAACAUCUAUCUGGGCCGCAGUCGCCAGCCGCCGCCCAAGGAGCGUCGCAUCACGGAGCUGCCGGUGUCCAGCGGCCAGGAGCUGCCCGCCCAUGUGGCCGAACUGAAGCCCUAUUUGCGCAGCCAUUCCGGCCCGACGGUGGUUUAUGCCAAGUCCGCGGUGCGUACUGCCGCUCCACGCAGCUACUAUUCGCAGGCAGCACGCCAGCGAAGUCCCUUGGCCGAGGAACUGGAAUAUAGUGCUCCAUAUUCGCGCAUGCGUUACGAUCCGGACCAGGAAUCUGGCCGCCUAGUGGAGGCGCCCAUGCAGCAGCCCAAGGAAGCAGCCAAGGCACAAAUUCAUUUGCAAAUACCGCAUCACGAGGAUCGGGAUCAGUCCAUUGUGGCCACGGCGACGAUUACCCCCCUGAAGCCCGACUGCGAGCAGGCGGAGAUGCGGCAGGAGAAAUCGGCCCGCUUGCGCCAGCCUCAGCAACAACAGUUCCAGCGCCUGGUUGAGGCACCUGUCGCCGCCGUUGUGCCAUCCACACAGGCCACGCCCACGCCUGGCCAGCCCCAGCUGGAUGUGGAUGUGUCGCUCAACGGCGCAGCCGGCCAUCUCAAUCGGCACCUGCAGGCCAAUGAGCGCGUCAUCUCGGCCACAGCCGCGCCCACCGAUGCGGCCGCCACCAGCGAGACCUUCCACAAGCGCCGCAUCGUGGUCAAUCAUCCGUUCCAGACGGUGCGCGAAGUGGUCGAGCACGAGCCCAUCACCAACUACCAUCAGAUACAGGUAAACGAGCCCGCCUCGCCAGCCCUGUACCAUCAGGCCGCCUACUACCAGCAGCCGCUGCAGACGCACGGAAAUCUGGUGCAAUAUCAGACCACAUCGACGCAUGGUAAAAUCUUUGGUUAGACCAGGAUCUGAACGGAGCGAUUGUAGACCCGGAUUUGUAUAGUCGACUACUCUCUUUUUGUUUUUAUUGCAUUUUUGUUGUAAUUAGGAAUUAGGAGACACGAAAAAUUCCCAGAAUCGGUGGAAGGGCCCUUUCCAGACAAUAUUGAUCUUAUCCAUAUGCAUAUAUAUAUCCAUAAAUCUUAGACUUAAGCGCAGUUUUACUUGCCAACAAUAAAAUGCAUACAAAAUGCCUCGAAAAUAAACGUAAAAGUUUUUAGCUUAAAUAAAACCAGCCGCUGGCGCCAUCUUUUGUUCAAUGUUCAGCUAGAAAAUCAAACGAAACUUGAAAUUUCACAUAUAAUAUAAUAAUUUUUAUUGGUUUUGUUUUCUUUUUGUU